ACAUCAUUGAAAUUGAUGAUUGUUUAUGUUUGCGGCCUUGACUUGACAGUGCCAGCUACUGAUUGAAAAAAUAAACACCCUCAUCCAAUCUUGUUUCAUUCACGCAAAAUUUUCAUUCAAUAUUUUAAUGGUUUUUCAAAUCAAAAACCAUCACAAUGAGCGGCAGCCAAGACUUGAACGAUUCAAUUCGAAUAUACAAUGAGCAGCUUGCCCAGGUGGAACAAGCUUUGGAGGGCACAAGCUCUGGCCCAGAACGGGAAUCUUUGAUUAAUUUGAAAAGUGAUCUCGAGGAGCUGGUGAAGCUCACUCUCGAAACGGUCCAGCACGAGAAUGGAGAUGACUUGAAUGCCGCAGCUUCCGGCAGCAACGAAGACGAUGAGUUCGCUCUGUUCAUGCGGGAAAUAAAUGCAUUGGAUGACCCAGGGAGUGUAGAUGCAAAGCCUCCCAAACCGGAUGAAGUCAGCGUGGAUGAACAAGAACCGUUCAAAGAUCUGGUCGGUAGUAAGUGCUCCGCUCCGCAUAUCCAUAAGUGGGGAUCGAAGUCCUAUCACAAUGCUUUGAUAUGCAGUUUGGAUGCUUCUGAUCUGGAUGAUGUUGCAGCCAAGGUGCUGUUCAUCAAUCCGACCCAUCAGGAGAUGGUUCCGUGCGCCUAUUUCUUGGAAGGAGACUGCAAAUUCAACGAUGAAAUGUGCCGCUUCUCGCAUGGUGAACUAAUCUCUAUCAACGAACUCAAAGAGUAUCGCGAACCGAGAUUUGAACUGCUGAGGAAGAAAGGUUGUAAAGUUUUGGCCAAGAACAGAAAUCGCAUUUGGAGUAAAGGGACGAUUCAGACAGCGGAUUUUGAAACUAAAACGUGCAAGAUACAAAUGGAUGAAGGCCGGCACGAGGUUGAAUUGCAAUUUGAGAACGUGCUACCAUUAGAGGGCGAUGAUGUGCCCAGUUCUGAUUCGGAGUCAAAUUCAGAUAGUGAUGAGGAAAACGAGGACGAUGUUGUCUCACUUCAACAGGCACAAAUUAUCGAGCGAAGUCUUUUGAAUCCCGCUCCUGACCAACGGUUGGGGGAUUGGGAAAAGCAUACUAAAGGUAUAGGCUCGAAAAUCAUGCUUAAAAUGGGCUAUGUAGUCGGAGCCGGUCUCGGAAGCAAAGGCGAAGGAAUUGUAGUGCCCGUGAGUGCACAGGUACUUCCCCAAGGCAGAUCGCUGGACUAUUGUAUGCAACUUCGGGAACAGGCCAAUGGAGACAAGAAUUUAUUCAGCGUUGAAAAGAAGCUUCAACGGGAGAAGAGGAUUCAAGAGAAAAGGGAUGCAAAGAACUAUGCUGCAAAUAAAAGCAAAAAGGACGUGUUCAACUUCCUCAACAGUGAAAUUUUUGGUUCCAGCAAUGGUUCCUCAAGUUCAUCGGGAAGUAAGAAACCCGCAGCGAAAGACAACCAGAUGGACCUACCCAGCUGUUCAUCGAAGAAUUUGAACAUCGCCAGUCUGAAGCUCUCCGAGCAGAUGCGAAGGCUGGAGUUAGAUAUAGACCGGUUGUCUCAUUCCCUGACGCGUCAUCAGCCGGGAUCAAAGAUGCAUUCAAAUCUACAGAAGCAGAUCGCAGAGAAACGGCGGGAGAUUUCUGAAAUCAAAAAGACCGAAUAUUCAAUCUCCCGAGAGCAACAGUUACGAAAUGAUAAACGUAAAAUGACAGUAUUUUAGGAAUGGAAUAAAACAAUGCAAUGCAUAACUGAGAUAAGAAAA